UGUGCUCGAAGAAAAUAGGCCUGAAGAAGGGAAACGCGAUAAAUAAAGGAAUAUAAAUUAAUCCCUCCUGUUGGGAAUUGGUUGUGUGACCGAAUAUUGUGUUAGAUUCCGCGCCAGCCACAGCAUAACGGUGUGCGUAGUGUCCAAAUUUAAGUUUGCGUGAAGUGUGACGUUGGAAAUCUACCUAAAACGAGCCGUGUUUUUGGGUCGCUGUGUGUCAAUCACCAUUUAGUAGGCCUCAUUUUUCCUGUGCGCACUGUUGCGGAAUGUGUGGUUCCUUUCUGUGAAGGUGUGAAAAAAGCUUACAGUUUGCGUGUGGCAGAUCGAUGCUCCCGAUGCCUUUGCUGAUCUAGCAAAAAAAGCAGUCUAGCAGUCCAUCCUUGUCGCGAGGGAUUCGCAGUUGGGUCGAAAGAUUGCUCGCAGAUAAAAAGGUGUACUUACGAGUUAAAAUCCCCAACCCCGCAACGAUGAACAAACAUAUGUACACAACGGCAAAUCUGUCGGAUGUGGAGCUGAAGGACCAAGGGAAUCGGUUGUUCUCCGCGCGGAAAUACGACGACGCGGUCAACCUAUACACAAAAGCGAUUAUAAAAAACUCCACAAAUGCCACCUAUUUCACCAAUCGCGCACUUUGCCACAUCAAGAUGAAGCGCUGGGAAACGGCCUGCAGUGACUGCCGGCGUGCUCUCGAUAUGGAUCCGAAUCUGGUGAAGGGACACUUCUUUCUCGGACUUAGCCUGAUGGAGCUGGAAUCGUUCGACGAAGCUAUCAAACAUCUGCAGCGUGCGCACGAUCUGGCCAAGGAGCAGAAGCUUAACUUCGGCGACGAUAUCGCCUCCCAGUUGCGAUUGGCCCGGAAGAAACGCUGGAACAUACAGGAGGAGAAGCGAAUUUGUCAGGAGAUAGAGCUACAAACUUAUUUGAAUAGACUUAUUACGGAAGAUAUGGAAAAUCGCUUAGCUAAGCUGAAAUUGGACGAUACGAUUAAUGAGGAAAUGCUCAAGGAGCAAGCGAUAGAAGUCGAACGUGAGGGUGAAAAUCAUAUGACUGAAUUAAACAAUCUGUUUGCUAAGGUUGACGACAGGAGACGGAAACGAGAAGUACCUGAUUACCUAUGCGGCAAGAUCAGCUUCGAGCUGCUGGUAGAUCCCGUGAUUACGCCAUCCGGUAUGACGUACGAGCGGAAGGACAUCGAGGAGCAUCUGCAGCGGGUCGGCCAUUUCGACCCGGUUACGCGCGUGAAACUCACACAAGAUCAGUUGAUAUCGAACUACUCGAUGAAGGAAGUGGUCGAUGCGUUCCUGCAGGACAAUGAGUGGGCACUAGACUAUUAGUAACCGCAGGAGCAACACGAAAGGAAUUGUUAGCCAGCAUCGUGUAUAUUUCAUCGUACAGAUGGCGGAAGGAAACAAAAAAAAAACCUAUCGAAUGUUUCAGCAGAACAGUGUAAGUAAACGUAGCUCUACAUUAAAUGUGUCCUUUUGCUCCUAGACCGAUUUUUUCAGUAUGGAUUUGUGGUAGGAAGAAAAAUAGGCUAUAAAAAUAUGGAUUGUAUUAUCCAGGUGUGUUACAACUAACCCCCGCCGUAAUUGGUUCGCAGCAUGAUUAGUGCGUUGAAUGACCUACUGAGCGCAAGCAAGUGAGCAAGUUUGAUCGUCUUCAAGUGCUCAUAAAACUAGUACAGCUAAAAACAAAACCUUCCCUUUCUUCUUUGUCCACAUGUAGUUUACGUUCUUGGCCAGGCGCUUCUUUUCGAUGUGAUUUAAGUAUAGGGACUUUAAGUAAUUAGGUAUGUAAUUUAAAGAUUUCUGCGCCCCAGUAGUCAACGGCGCUUCGAUUGUAGGGGGAAUAUGUAUCGAUUUAUAUCUGCUGUUACAGAGGGUAGUGAGACGGAGAGAGGAAAAACCAACACAUAAAACAGCAUAACUCUUUUACCGAUAGCAUGCGAACGCUUUUCGUGAUAAUCUAUCUGUUUUGAAAUUUUAGAGAGUAGUGUAUGUUUUGUCCAAACUAGUAAAUAAACUAAUGAAACGGUACUAAUGAAACAAAAAAAAAACAACUUCUGAAUCUUGCUGUUGGCAUUAAAUUUGCGAAGAAAAAAAAAAGAAAUAUUUAAUUUUACCCAUUACUUUGAAGCAUAGUACACAAGAAAAAAGGAUUAUGUAACGAUACAUUUUAGUGAGGUUGGUUUGGUGCUGGAUUGGCGAAUUUGGUAGAAUUGUUAAUGCAAGUUAAACAUAUCGGUUACGUACAUUAUUCCAACAACUUCAAUGCGGCUCAAAAUGAUUGUUAAAGUGUUUGUUGAAGCUGUUCCAUUAUUGAAUUCGUUUUUGAAAUAAAUUUUCCAUAUCCAAUCCGUAGAAUGAUUACGAGCUAAUUAUCUGGUCAGAAAGACAGCUAAACAUUUCAUAGCUGUAAAUGCUUUA